UUUAAAAUGAAAAAUAAUCUUUCUAUAAAUUUCUUUAUUUGUUUUGAGAAAUAUCUUUCAGGAAGUUAUUUUCUACUCUUAGAUAGAAUACAUCUUCUCUUAAAAUAUUUUUUUUCCCUUUGAUGCAUUGCCCCGCCCCAAUUAAGGAAGAUGGAAAAAUUAUUUCCAAACAAACAUUUUUCUCCUAACCAAACUAGGCCCUACACCCCACAUUUUCCCUUUCAUUAAUAACAAAUUAAUAGACUGACUAAGUAAUUUCAGGGUAUUUUUUAAAUUUGUGGUUCGAUUAUGGUCAUUUUUCUUGAAAUUAAAGGCAGAAAUGGUAGUCCAUGAGGGUUUGUAAUUAAUAUUGACGUGGGCAUGUGUGAAAUAAGACAACUUUUUUAAGGAAUGUAAGAUGAAUAUUUGCCGUGAGUUUUGUUCCAAUUAUGGAAAGAGCUUUUCCUCUAUUUAUUUUACUUUUUUGAUUCCUUUCGUAUAUAGAACCUUAUUUUCUAUUUUGUGGUAUAUUUCAUUUAAAAAAAUGGGCCAUGGUACAUAAGUGACCUAAUUUUUUAGUCAUAUUUCAAUGGAGUUUGUAAUGGAAAGGUUUUUAUGAACUUGAUAUUUUGAUUCCACAUUAGUUAAUUGUAAUAUACUGCUUAAUAGUUUAUGAAAUUGAGGGCUGACAUCUGGAUGUGUUUCAGCUUAUAUAGCCACGUGGUGUGUUCUAGACAAACCUAGUUUGUUGAGUAAAAAUAUAACAUAGUUUUGUGAAAUUGAUGACAGAUUAUUCAAGCCUGUAUUUGCCUUGCUAACCCAGCUUCCUAACAUCUUCCAAUUAAAUUGCAAAAGACUUUUUGCUUUCUUUUUCUCUGUCUGCUGACUGCAUGAGUCACUCUCACAAAGCAGCUGUAUUUGUCACAUAUCAUGUGUAUUUGACUUGAUAGUUGCAAAAAUGUGCCCCCUGCUUUGAUCCUUGAAUUAUAUAUUCUGGCUUUAGAUGCCAAGAACUGUGCGUUAGCCAGAUUACAAAUUCCAGUUUGUUUUCUGCACUCCCUGGUUUUUCCUCAAUUUUGGUUCUGUGACUCUUGUUCUGAGUUUUCUUGAGAAGAGAAAGGCUUUUGAUGCUUUAGAUGAAUUUGGAUCUUUCAUCAACAAGAUUUCCUGGACUAUUUGUAUGGAGGAUUGCCAUAAGCAUUGAAGAUCCAGAUUGUUUCAAAAGUUAUUUGUGAGGUAUAGUUGUUUUGUCAUGGAAAACAGAAGAAUUAUGGGUUCAGCAAAGCAGGAUUCUCCUAACAUAAUCCCCCCACUCCUCCAAUUCAUAUCAUCAAAGCAGGUCUCUGGUUUUGAUAGCAUUGAAAUGAAUGGUAGCUUGAGCAAUCAGCAUCAAGCAACUGACUUUCAAUCUCUUAGCUCGUCUGCUAAAGAAACUAAAGCCACUGUUGUUGAGAUCCAGGACGAGACAUCCCAACUCAUCAAGUCCCAAAGGUCGCACUCUGUUUCUAUCAGUAUGCCAUCUUCUCCUAUGAAUACCAAAAUGAUUGUUUUAAGUGGUACUGGUGAAGCAGUUUCUGAGAAUGAAAUUUCAAGCCCUUCUGUCAUGUCUAAAACUGCUGACACUGAACAGCCAAGACACGCAAAGUUUUAUUCUCAGCCAAUACCAACAGGCUUCUCAAAUGUGGAGAGAGCCAACAGAAAUUUUCGCUAUCAUGAAAAGCUGCAAUUCAGGAAUCCAAGGAUUUAUGAGCUGAAGGAUAAUACAUUUAAUUCUUUUAAAACAUGGUCUGGGAAAUUAGAGAAGCAGUUAACUCACUUGCGUGGAAAGUGCCAAGAAAGUGAAGCAGAGGCUAGCAUUUCACAAAAUGCAGAGAUUGAUAAUUUACCUGUGGACCGAUACUUUGAUGCCUUGGAAGGGCCUGAGUUAGAUACACUCAAGGCUUCAGAAGUAUCAGUGCUUCCAGAAGACAGGAAAUGGCCAUUUCUACUUCGGUAUCCUGUCUCGUCCUUUGGUAUCUGCCUUGGAACUAGCAGCCAAGCCAUAAUGUGGAAAACCCUGGCCACCUCUUCUUCCACAAAUUUUCUUCAUGUAAGCUUGACCGUAAACUUGAUUCUGUGGUGCAUAUCUGUUGCUCUCUUAGCCAUUGUCUCAUUCAUCUACUCUCUGAAAGUGAUUUUCUACUUUGAAGCUGUUCGUCGUGAGUAUUAUCACCCAGUCCGUGUGAACUUUUUCUUUGCUCCAUGGAUAGCCAUUUUGUUCUUAGCUAUUGGGGUUCCACCCUCUGUUGCUCAUAAUCUUCAUGCGGCCAUGUGGUAUGUUCUCAUGACCCCAAUCUUCUGUCUUGAGCUUAAGAUCUAUGGACAGUGGAUGUCAGGAGGUCAACGGAGGCUUUCAAAGGUAGCCAAUCCUUCAAAUCAUCUCUCCAUUGUCGGAAAUUUUGUGGGAGCUUUGUUGGGUGCAUCAAUGGGGCUAAAAGAAGGACCUAUAUUCUUUUUUGCUGUUGGAUUGGCUCACUAUGCAGUUUUAUUUGUAACUCUUUACCAGAGACUUCCUACAAAUGAGACACUUCCGAAGGACCUUCAUCCAGUUUUCUUUCUGUUUGUAGCAGCACCCAGCGUUGCUUCCAUGGCAUGGGCAAGGAUUCAAGGUUCCUUUGAUUAUGGAUCACGGAUUCCCUACUUCAUUGCCUUAUUCCUUUAUUUCUCACUGGCAGUUCGGGUCAAUUUUUUCCGAGGGUUCAGGUUCUCAUUGGCAUGGUGGGCCUACACUUUUCCAAUGACUGGUGCUUCUAUUGCAACCAUCAAGUAUUCAAAUGAAAUAACAAAUAUAGUAACCCAAUCUCUGUCCAUCCUACUCUCUGCCAUUUCAACAGUCACGGUGACAGCUUUGCUUAUUUCAACUAUUGUCCACGCCUUUGUGCUUGGGGACCUCUUCCCCAAUGACAUUGCCAUUGCCAUUAGUGAGAGAAGACCAAAAACAAGCAAGAAGUGGUUCCACCAGAGACAGGGAACCUCAGAUACCAAUGAUAUUGAGAAUUACCUAAAAUUUUCAAUGCCAGAUGGCCAAGAUAUUGAAGCUUCGAUAAAACAUCCCAGCUCUGAUACCAAAGGCAAUUAAGCUUACUAGGCUCAUUGUGUUUGAACAUCCUGAGGAGGAGGUCCUUGCCAUUUUAUAAGCACUGUACCAGCCAGAUGAAUAGUUUUCAGCAAUCAGAUAAGCAAUGGACAUGGUUUGGGAAUUUCGGCAGCUGCCAUGAACACCCGUUUAGAGAGAAUGUUAAAAUUUGUUUAGGGGAAGAGCCAUGUACAAAGCCUUUCGUGAGUUGUAAAAUGUAACAUGUGAGCGUCGGUAAUAUUUUUGUUAAUAAAAUUCCCAUCUCUCAUUGCAAAA